UGACUGCCGACUGCCGGUUUACUCUUCUUGUUUCGGGUUCUGAUUACUAAGUUACGGAAUCGCCGCUUCAAGCUUUCCCUAUCUAUUCUGGGGUCGGGUGGGGCAACAGAUCAAUCUCCCUCUGUUUAAAUAGAAAAUAAAAUCUUUCCUUUGUUUCUAAAGCCUUCAAAUUUCUUUCAGUUUUCUUUUAUCUAUUCGAGGUACUCAGAUUUCAACUCCCAAAUCAUAAUCGUCGUCGGCAAUGGAAGUAGUUGCUUCUGCUCCGGGGAAGGUUUUGAUGACCGGUGGGUACUUAAUUUUGGAGAGGCCAAAUGCUGGGAUUGUUCUGAGCACAAACGCGCGAUUUUACGCUGUUGUGAAGCCAAUUUAUGAAGAUGUCAAGCCUGAAAGCUGGGCAUGGUCAUGGACCGAUGUCAAACUAACAUCUCCUCAGCUUUCCAGAGAAAGCAUGUACAAACUGUCUUGGAAACAUUUAGCACUUCAGUGUGUAUCUUCAAGUGAAUCAAGAAACCCUUUUGUAGAGAAUGCAAUCCAAUACACUGUAGCAUCUGCACAUGCUACAUUUGACGAGAAUAAGAAGGAUGCAUUGAAUAAACUGCUCUUACAAGGUCUUGAUAUCACGAUCUUAGGUUGCAAUGACUUUUACUCAUACAGGAAUCAGAUCGAAGCACUUGGACUUCCAUUGACACCAGAAUCAUUGGCUACUCUACCACCUUUUACCUCAAUUACUUUCAAUUCUGAGGAAUCAAAUGGAGGAAAUUCUAAACCUGAAGUUGCAAAAACUGGAUUGGGUUCAUCUGCAGCAAUGACUACUGCUGUAGUUGCUGCUUUACUUCAUUACCUUGGUGUUGUUAACCUUUCCACCUCAUCUGAAGAUCAACACCAACAAAAUAAAAAUUCCACGGAUCUUGAGAUCGUGCAUAUGAUAGCUCAAAGUGCCCACAGUAUUGCUCAAGGAAAAGUUGGCAGUGGCUUCGAUGUUAGUUCUGCUGUCUAUGGGAGUCAGCGUUAUGUUCGUUUUUCACCUGAAGUGCUUUCUGCUGCCCAGGCUGCAGUGAAAGGGGUGCCACUAGAGGAAGUAACUCGGAACAUUCUAAAUGGAAAAUGGGACCAUGAGAGGACUGAAUUCUCUUUACCACCAUUAAUGACACUCUUACUAGGAGAACCUGGAACUGGUGGAUCAUCAACACCGUCAAUGGUAGGUGCAGUUAAAAAAUGGCUGAAGGCUGAUCCUGAAAAAUCUCAAGAAACAUGGAGAAAGCUGGCUGAGGCUAAUUCAGAACUUGAGACUCAAUUCAACAUUUUACGAAAAAUAGCCAAAGAAAAUUGGGAUGCCUAUAAAUGUGUGAUUGAUAGCUGUAGCAGACUUAAACCAGCAAAGUGGAUGGAUGGAGUAACUGAGUCAAUCAAAGAAGCAGUUGUUAAAGCAUUGCUAAAGGCAAGGAACACUAUGCUCGAUAUCAGAAAUCAAAUGCGAACAAUGGGAGAGGCAGCAGGAAUUCCGAUAGAACCUGAACCACAGACUCAACUUCUGGAUGCUACUAUGGACAUGGAAGGAGUAUUAUUGGCUGGGGUUCCUGGAGCAGGUGGAUUUGAUGCCGUCUUCGCUGUUACCUUGGGCGAUUCUAGCGGGUACGUGAUAAAUGCAUGGAAUUCACGCAAUAUCCUGGCCUUGUUAGUUAGGGAAGACCCUCGAGGUGUUUGCUUAGAAAGCGGCGAUCCACGAUGCCGGGAAAUUACUUCCGCGGUUUCUUCUGUCAAUAUCAAGUGA